CUGUCUCCCCUGGGAGGGCGAUCUCCCAUUCUCCCUCCCUCUGUCUCUCUCUGUCUCUCUCCAGCUUGCGCACAGGCCCUGUGUUAAAAACCUAAAACAAAGUGGCUGUCCUGUUUUGCACUCCCUCCAGAAAUGUAGGAGAGUUCCAGCUGUUCCAUAUCCUCAACGACACUUGGUAUUAACAGUCAUUUUAAUCUCACCAUUCUAGAAGGUUGUCGUGAUACCUCAUUGUGCCUUUUGCCACCGGCAUCGCUUUUUCCAUAAAGUGACUGUUCGAUCCUUUCCUACACUUUUCAUGAAGUUGUCUUUCUUUUUCCUUUUUUAAAGGUGUAUGAGUUCUUUGUAAGUUUUUAAAAAAUCAGAUACAGGUUUGCAAAUAUUUCCUCCCACUCUGUGGCUUGUCUUCUCAUAGUCUUAAUGCAGACCUUCAAAUAGCAGAGGUUUUGAACUUUGAUGAAAUCUAAUUUAUCUUUUUUUUUUUUCUUUAAUGGAUUGUGGUUUUGGUGUUGUUUCUAAGAAAUCUUUGUCUAAAUCAAAAUCAGGAAGAUUUUCUCCAUUUUUUUUCCCCUAGGAAGUUUAUAGCUUUAGUUUUGAUAUUUGGAUCUAUGGUCCAUGUUGAGUUCAUUUUUUUUUUUCUUGGCAUCCAAUUGUUUCAGACAUUAUUAAAGACUACCCUCUCCACUGAACCACCUUUGCAUCUUUGUGGGAAGUCAGGGGCUGCAGGCGCCCGACCUCGGCUUUUAUGGUCUGGGCGGGAGCCCGUUGGUGGAGCAGACCCGGGGCGCAGGGCAUGGAUUGCUCUGGGGCCCUUCUCCUCUGCCUGUGUCUUCUGACUGCUCGGAGCGGGACAGCAGAGACACUGGAAGAACUCCAGCGCUGGAUCGAGAACAUAGAGAAACCCAGGAGCCGAGCACUGGCUUUUCCCAGGGGGCAAGUCCGUGCCCUGGAGCAGAAACUGCUGAAAGCUGACUUUCAGGGCCCCAGGCUGACCUUGCGGACGGACAUCAUCCAGUCUCUGGUCUUCAAGCUGGACUGCAACUUCACAGGCCUCUCACUGAGCAGCGACUCCCUGGAGCAGAACCCCAAGGCCCAGCCCUCGCACGCCAUGGAGCUCCCUGCGGAGCUGACUCAGGCCGCCUGCGUGACCAGCCACAGGAAGCUGCGGCUCAUCUGCGUUUACUUCUCCAGCACCUUCUUCUUCCAGGAUGACGACAACUCAUCCCUGCUCAAUAACUAUGUCCUGGGGGCCCAGCUGGACCACGGACACGUGAGCAACCUCAGGGAGACGGUCAACAUCAGUUUCUGGCACAACCAGAGCCUGGAAGACUACACAGUGACCUGUGUCUUCUGGAACGAGGGAGCCAGCAAGCAUUACUGGGGGGCCUGGAGCCCCGAGGGUUGUCGCACAGAGCAGCCUUCACGUUCCCAGGUGCUCUGCCACUGUAACCACCUCACCUACUUUGCUGUUCUCAUGCAAUUCUCCACGGCCCCGGUCCCUGCAGAGUUGCUGGCGCCUCUCACGUACAUCUCCCUGGUGGGCUGCAGCAUCUCCAUCGUGGCCUCGCUGCUCACUGUCCUGCUGCACUUCCAGACCAGGAAGCAGAGUGAUUCCAUAACACGCAUCCACAUGAACCUGCACACCUCCGUGCUGGGCCUGAACGUCGCCUUCCUGUUGAGUCCCGAGCUGGCCAUGCCCCCCGUGCCCCAGGCUGCAUGCACGGUGCUGGCCGCCAUCCUGCACUACAUGCUGCUCAGCUGUCUCACCUGGAUGGCCAUUGAAGGCUUCCACCUCUACCUGCUCCUCGGGCGCGUCUACAACAUCUACAUCCGCAGAUACAUGCUCAAGCUCUGUGCAGUGGGCUGGGGGGUCCCAGCCCUCCUGGUGCUGCCCCUCCUUGCUGCCAAGAGCUCAGUGUAUGGACCCUACUCGAUCCCCCUCUCUGGCACCCAGGAAAACGGCACAGCCUUCCAGAACACUUCCAUGUGCUGGUUGCGCAGCUCCCUAGCACACGCGGUCCUGGUUAUGGGCUAUGGUGGCCUCACGUGUCUCUUCAACCUGGUGGUGCUGACCUGGGCUCUGCAGGCCCUGCGCAGGCUGCGGGUGCAGAGGAGGGCGCCAGGUGCCCGGGCCUGCCAGGACACUGUCACCGUGCUGGGCCUCACCGUGCUGCUGGGCACCACCUGGGCCCUGGCCUUCUUCUCCUUCGGCGUCUUCUUUCUGCCCCAGCUCUUCCUCUUCACCAUCUUCAACUCGCUCUAUGGUUUCUUCCUCUUCCUGUGGUUCUGCUCCCAGAGGUGCCGCGCAGAGGCAGAGGCCAAAGCCGAGGCAGAGAUGGAGGCCUUCAGCUCCUCCCAGACGACACGAUAGCUUGAGCCUCCAGACCUGGAACCCUCUGCCUCACCUCUCCGUCUGCCUGCAACCCGCGCUCUGACUCCUACCAGAGAAGGUAGCAGGCUUGCUGCUGCUGAUGCCAGAGGCCGUCCUGCCCCCGGGAAGCUUUUCCACCUCUGUGACCUUCCCAAGCACAGAGGGCGGGCCACUGCGCUGUCUCCCCUGGUGCUCUGCUUUGGGAUGUGUCCCACCCCACCUGGCUGCUGUGAGCUUUGUCCUGCUGCCUGGGCUGGCCAGGCCUGUGGACGGAGCACGGGCCGGGGAGCCAGGAGGCCUGGCUCUGAGUCUCUUCUCAUGGACCUCAGUUUCCAUGUCUGUGACAUAGGGACAAGUGGCACUGGUCUUGCCUAACACACGAAAACUGAAAUCAGACCAGGGAGGAGACAUGUCAGAGUGGAGUGGGAUUUCUUAUGAACGCCACUGGCCUGCUGGGGAUGGGGUCUUGAGCAGCCUGCCCUGGAAGCACCUGCUGGUCCCUGAUACCUUUCUCCUGAAGAGGGCCAGGUGACAUCUCAGCCUGGGGUCCCCACCAGUGCUUAGAGACCCACUUGGUGUCAGGAUUCACCAGCCUUUGCCUGGGUCCUCUUUUCCUUUAACCCCUCUAGAUAGGAUGACCCAAACCCUAAGCCCACCCUUCCCAAAGAUAGGAAGUCCAGUCCUGCCCAGAGGCUGCAAAUCUGACGCCCCCAUCACCGCUGCCUUCCCUCCUCCUGCUCUUCCUCCUCCAUCACCAGCAAAGAUCAGGACGCCUCCUAGCUGAGCCAGCGGGACGCCAGUGGCUGGCUAUUUAAAGACUGGACAGGAUUGCAUUUCCUCUGGUAGGAUGAGGGUGCGGAUUCGAAAUCCCAAGUUUUCGCCACAGUCAUGGGCACCCUAGCCCUAGACCUGGCGUCAGACUGCGCUCACGGAGCCAGUGCUUUUCCCAGGAUGAACACCAGGGGGCGCUGAUGAUCUACGUGCACAGGCCUUUGGUGCUAACCCUACGUCUGGAAACGCGGCAAAGUUCUGCGGACUUGAUGGGCCGGCCGGCUGGAGGGGCUGCUUACCUCCAGGACUGCCUGCUGAGGAGACUGCAGGAGGAAAUGCCACUCCUGCUUCCAUGGCCAUUUGUCCCUUCCCAGUGCGGCUGUCUGCUCUUGGGGCUUGCUCCUGACAUAGAGCAGAAUGGCGGGCAGGCUUGACUCCCAGGGCCAUCAGUCAGAUCUUAUGACUGUCUCAGGGAACUGGGGCUGGAUCCCUUUUCUCCCAGGAGCAUCCUCUGCCCUUCCCUACAUUUAAAAUAUAUUUUUAUUUUUAUUAUUUUUAGUUUGCUAUAGUGCACAUGUGCUCACCAGAGACAGAGAGAGAGAGAGAGGAUGUGAGAAAUAACCCCACAGGGAAU